UCUCAGGAGGAUUUUGAUCACCUUCUUCUCUCCGAGCACGCUAGAAAAACCGCCGAAGCUAACUACGCCACCAACCCCCUUGAUGCUGAUAAUUUGACCAACUGGGGCGGGGCGUUGCUUGAGUUAUCUCAAUUCCAGAAUGUUUCUGAUUCGAAGGAUAUGAUCAGAGACGCUGUUCUAAAGCUGGAGGAGGCUUUGGCUAUUAAUCCCACGAAGCAUGAUGCUCUUUGGUGUCUUGGAAAUGCCCACACUUCACAUGCAUUUCUGACUCCCGACCCAAAUGAGGCCAAUGUCUAUUUUGAUAAAGCUCGUGAUUGUUUCCAGAAGGCAGUAGAUGAGGAUCCUAGUAACGAGCUUUACCGCAAGUCGCUGGAAGUCACUGCAAAGGCACCCGAAUUUCAUUCGGAGAUUCACAAGCAUGGAAUCGGUCAGCAGACUGCAGGGCCUUCAGGUGGGGGAUCUUCUGCUUCUGCUACUGCUGCUUCAAACCCUAAGAGUUCCAAGACAAAGAGCAGUGAUCUCAAAUAUGACAUAUGUGGAUGGAUCAUCCUUGCCGUUGGACUCGUUGCUUGGGUUGGAAUGACGAAAUCCCACGUUCCACCGCCUCCUCCGAGGUGAGGCUUUUCGACUCCGCGACUGCAAAUCUAUUCUAUUGGAAUGUGGAAUGUCUCUUUGCUGAAAUUCCUCCCAUGGAAGUGCUCACCAAGAUACAGUAAAGAAGAAUCUUGACAUUGUGAUGCAGAAUGCCUACCUCACUCUGGUAUUUAGCUUAUGAGUGCUUCUCAUUUCUAGUGUUCUAGCUUAGCUUUGAUAUCAUUUUGUGCUUAGUUGAUAAUUAGCCCGAAACUCAAAUAUUCGGUGGCGGUUUUUGAUAAAGUAAAGAAAAUAUCUGCACUCGUAGUUGGUUGAACUAUGUAUUUCUAUGUCGGUUUGGUUCGAGUUUUUAGCGUUUGCCUGACUAUAUGUACAAUGCCAACCGGGAGAAAGUCCCCAUUGUCGGUUCGGUUAGUUCUUGUUGGUUUUGGCGAAGGUUGAUGUUAAAACCAGAUGCUGAAACCAACCCUUGUAGUGUAUGGAAUUGUAUAUGAUCAUGAACUUCAGGAAGAACAGUGUUUUUUUAGCUA